AUGAUGGAAACGGAGAGAUUGCAUUACAUACGUAGGCAACAACAUGUUCUUAGAUGUGAGUCUUAUGAAAAUUUACGUAACCAAAAAGCUCAAGGAACAACGAAUAUCUCCAAUGUCGGACAACGUGUCAUAUUACCUUCAUCCUUUACUGGUGGCGCACGAUAUAUGCUGCAAAACUAUUUGGAUGCCAUGUCACUAUGUAAAUGGUUUGGAUAUCCAGAUUUUUUCAUAACCUUUAUGUGUAAUCCAAAAUGGCGAGAGAUUAAAAGAUUUCUUAAGGAUACUUCACUUCAACCAGAAGACAGACCUGAUAUAUUAUGUAGGUUGUUCAAGAUCAAGCUCGAUGCAUUUAUUAAAGAUUUAAGGGAGAAUAAAAUUUUCGGCACAGUUCAAGCAUAUGUUUAUACCAUUGAAUUUCAAAAGAGAGGUUUGCCGCAUAGUCAUAUAUGUUUAUUUAUGCAUUCUGACAUCAAGUUACCCAUUGUUGAAUUUAUCGAUCCGAUAAUUUCUGCUGAGAUACCAGACAAAAUUGAAGAUCCGGAAUUGUAUUCACUUGUCAAUGAGUUCAUGAUUCAUGGUCCAUGUGGAGCUGAAAAUAUCAAUUGUCCAUGCAUGGUGGAUAAAAAGUGCUCAAAAAACUUUCCAAAACAAUUCUGUGAUCAUUCGUCUGUUGAUGGAAAUGGUUUUCCGUUAUAUAGGAGAAGAAACGAUGGUCAUUUUGUAGAAAAAUCGGGUGUGAAGUUGGAUAAUAGAAAUGUUGUUCCAUACAACAAAUAUAUAUUAAAAAGAUAUCAGGCACAUAUUAAUGUUGAAUGGUGCAAUCAAGGAUCUUCUAUAAAGUAUCCUUCUGUUAUCAGACUACCUUUUCAUCUACCUAAUCAACAACAGAUUGUAUAUGGCGAAGACGAUGAUAUUGAUGAUGUUCUUGACAAACCUUCUGUUGCGGCUUCAAAGUUCACAUCUUGGAUGGAGUGUAAUGCAAUCGACAGUGAAGCACGAAAACUUACAUAUGCUGAAUUUCCUACAAAGUUUGUUUGGAUAUUAAAUGGUCGGUUUUGGAAGCGAAGGAAAGUAGGAAAAGCCAUCGGUAGAAUUCAUUCGGUUUCACCUAAACUAGGUGAAGCAUAUUUCUUAAGGAUUCUUUUAAAUAAAGUAAAAGGUCCGACAUCAUUUGAUGAAAUUCUCACGGUAAAUGGUCAAAGACAUUCUUCUUUUAGAGACGCUUGUUAUGCACUCGGGCUAUUAGAUGAUGACAAGGAAUACAUUGAUGCAAUUAAAGAAGCAAGUCAUUCUGGAUCUGGUUUUUAUCUACGCUUCUUAUUUGCUACAUUGUUGAUGUGUAAUAGUAUGUCUAAACUAGAGGUCGUUUGGGAAAAUACAUGGGAAUAUUUGGCAGAUGGAAUUCUAUAUAACCAACGACAAAGAUUUAAGUCUGCAGAAUUGUCACUCGGAGUAGAUGAACUUAAAAACUUAACUUUGUUCGAAAUAGAACAAAUUUUACUUCGAAACAACUCUACUCUCAAAAACUUCAAAAAUAUGUCAUACCCAGAUGUUGAAUCCGUUUCUUCUUCAAACAAUCGACUAAUCACCGAGGAGCUAGAUUACGACAUUCCCGUUUUAAAGAAUGAUUAUGGUCGAGACCCAUUUGUGUAUUAUGACUGGACAAUCUCUUACAUCACAGCAUCACCGCUUGGCGUUAAACAACAGGUGAUUGCAAUAGAUGGGCAAUUUCCGGGACCAAUUUUGGAAGGAACAACAAAUUGGAACGUUGUUGUCAAUGUAAAGAACGAUCUUGAUGAACCCGUGCUUCUCACAUGGAAUGGAAUCCAACAUAGAAGGAACUCAUGGCAAGAUGGUGUGUUGGGGACAAAUUGUCCUAUUCCUGCUGGAUGGAAUUGGACAUAUGAGUUUCAAGUUAAGGAUCAGAUUGGUAGUUUUUUCUACUUCCCUUCAACAAAUUUCCAAAGAGCUGCAGGCGGAUAUGGAGGAAUCACCAUUAACAACAGAGACGUUAUUCCUGUACCCUUCGGUGCUCCUGAUGGAGACAUUACACUUGUCAUCGGGGACUGGUUUAUAAAGAGUCAUAAGGAUCUUAGGAAAGAUAUUGAAAAAGGGGUUGAUCUUGGAUCUCCUGAUGGUAUUUUGUUCAAUGGGCUAGGUCCUUAUCGAUAUGAUAGUAGCAUCGUUCCUGAUGGAAUUGCAUACCAGGUGAUAAAUGUCGAACCAGGAAAAACAUACCGUUUUCGUGUACACAAUGUUGGUACCUCAACAAGUCUAAACUUGAGAAUCCAAAACCAUAACUUGCUUCUUGUAGAAACCGAAGGUUCAUACACAGUCCAACAGAAUUAUUCAAACAUGGAUAUUCAUGUUGGCCAAUCGUAUUCUUUCUUGGUGACUAUGGAUCAACCUGCAAGUAACGAUUAUUACAUUGUUGCCAGUCCACGGUUUGUCAAUUCAACAAAAGCUUCAGGAGUUGCAAUUUUGCACUAUUCAAAUUCCCAAGCGCCCGCUUCAGGUCCUCUCCCGGAUCUCCCUAACGAAUCCGACCCGUCUUUCUCAAUGACUCAAGCACGAUCCAUAAGAAUGAAUGUUUCUGCGGGUGCGGCUCGUCCGAAUCCACAAGGGUCUUUCAAGUAUGGUGAGAUUACAGUAACGGAUGUAUUUUUACUCCUGAAUAAGCCACCUGAAAUUAUAGAUGGAAAAAGGCGUACUACUCUUAAUGGUAUAUCUUUCUUUGUUCCUUCAACACCAUUGAAGCUUGCUCAACAGUAUAAUGUUCUUGGAAUCUACAAGCUUGAUUUCCCAAAUAGACCAAUGAAUCGCCCUUCAAUAAUUGACACGUCUGUGAUUAAUGGGACAUUCAAAGGAUUUAUUGAAAUUAUACUCCAAAAUAAUGAUUCCACAGUUCAGAGCUACCAUUUGGAUGGCUAUGCGUUUUUUGUAGUCGGGAUGGAUUAUGGAGUAUGGACCGAAAACAGUAGAAAUGUUUACAACAAGUGGGAUGGGGUGGCUCGCAGUACUACUCAGGUUUUCCCAGGAGCAUGGACAGCUAUUCUGGUUUAUCUUGAUAAUGCGGGAUUAUGGAACCUAAGAGCACAAAACCUAGAUUCAUGGUACCUUGGACAAGAAGUUUAUUUGAGUGUGGUUAAUCCUGAGGUCACUGAAAAAACCGAGCUUUCUUUGCCUGAAAAUACAAUCUUUUGUGGAGUAUUAUCAUCCUUGCAAAAGGAUCAGGCUCAAAGAGUUAAAUUUUCAAGUGCACCUUCAGUUCCCACAUUAAUUACACGAAUCUUUAUUGCAUUAAUCAUCACAUUUGUUGGAAUUUCUGUGAGGUGACACCAUUCAUGAGCCAUGGUUGAACAGUCCAAACGUCAUCAAGAACUCAAAUUUUGACAUAUUUGUAGGAAAAAAAUUAGAUCAAAUUGUUCCCAUGAAUACUGCUGACUUUAUCUAUUAUUUCACCUGUAAUUAGAUUGUAUCAGCUCAUUUGUAAGUGAAAAGGCAUAAUUGCCCCCUGUAACCCUUUUGAUGGUGGGAGUUGUACAUUGUGCAUCGGUAUAUGUAUGGUCAG